AUGAAGAUGAAUAUGAAUAAAGGAACGAAGGAAGGAAAGAAAGAAGGAAGGAAGGAAUGCCGUAAAACGAUGAUGGAGAUGAUCGUCGUGUCUCGUUCUCAUUUUCAAAAGAAAGAAAAGCAUAAACAACAGCAACAGCAGCAGAAGCAGCAGCAGCAGCUACAUCGUUACUUCCAGCAACAAUUGAAACAUCAUCUGUUCCAUUCAGUCACAAAACAAUAUUCGAGGCGAUCAGCUGAUAUUACCAACGGCAAGGACGUAAAACACAACAAAAAUCUUGACAACAUCACUUGCUACACAACAAACAACAACAUCGCAAACAACAACUACAUCAACAACACAAAAGAUAACAUCAACACAACAAUCCACAAAAACAAUAACUUCAACAUGACCACAAUGAGUGUAAAUAUUUCUUUUCCGCCUCCAAAUAUCGACCCCAUGCUUUUCAUGAAAGGUCACUGCCCACUCGCCCUUGACAUUGACCGUUUCGUCACUCCGAUCUGGUACGUGAUUGGUGGAUUGGGAAAUGUAUUAUCUUUGGUGAUAUGGCAGAGCAGGAGCAUGCGCAGAAACAACAGUUCUGCCAUCUACCUGGCAGCUCUGUCUGCCUCCGAUUUAAUUUUUUUGGUACUGCAUUUCUUUCAGGAAUUGAAAUAUGCCUGGUUUGUCAAUGCAGUCGAUUACAAUGGACUCUGUCAGAUAUAUUACGUUUUAUCAAUGGUCACUCAAUACUUGUCACCAAUGCUCGUCCUCUGUUUCACCAUUGAAAGGUACCUGGCCAUUUGUUACCCGUUCAUAAAAGAGAAGCACUGCACUGGAUCGCUGGCCGUGAAGGUCGUCGCUGCUGACGUCCUCCUCUCUACAUCCUGCAGCUCACUGCAAGGUUACUUCUGGAAAUACGAGCCAAACACGGGCACGUGCGAGAUCGGCCCAGCAGAGUUGUGGUCGGUGUGGACAUGGACGAUCGAACUUUUUAUGUUCUUCCUGCUGCCAGCCAUCAACCUCAUCUUCAACGUUCUCGUCAUCGCGGAAGUCAAGCGCAAAGUGAGGGCCGACCAUGUUCGAUCCGCCAGGCUGGGCGGCUGCCCUUCCAACAGCUGCAACAGACAGAUUUCAAAAACUCACUUGGAUGCAAGGCAGUCCACCACAGUAUCUGACGUCACAAUUACGUUGAAGAUGGCCCGUGCCGAUGGUGAUGACGAUGUCAAUAAGAAGAUGAACUUUACAAGAAAAAUUAAAAAAUCUUUCGCUAUUUUCUCGAAGCCAUCAUCAUCGUCUUCAUCAUCAUCCCUUUCAUCAUCAUCAGCUUCGACCGUCAUGCUGCUUUCCGUUUCCUUCUACGUCAUCCUCACGACACUUCCGGCCACAAUUGUUUACGUCAUAUACGAAUACUUUCCAUCUGGAGAUAGUCAAAUGUCGGAUGACGAGAUUCGGUUAGAUUCCGUAUGGCAACGACACAUCACUUAUUUGUUGUAUCGUAAGAUAGCAGAGGAAAUCUGUCUGUCGCAUUACGCCUGCAACUUCCUGCUUUACUAUUUGACGGGCAGGCAAUUUAGGAAGUCGGUCGGUUCGAUAUUCGGGCGAAUGUGCAAACGUUCAGGGUUGUGCGAUUCCGUCGAUAACCGAUUUGAAAACGGAUCGAACGUCAGCAGGAGGAAGACGCCGAUAAGAAUGCAGUAGGAGUCAGUAGGAGGAGUCAUUCAACGUGCUUCCCUUCCGUGUUGUUUAGGGCUGCAGUUGUUCAUUUUAUUUAUUACACUACUAACUAGCACAAAUCACAUUGGUGUUGAAGUUGUCGAUGUGAUUGUUAACUGGUGAAAGUGAUUGUAUCAAUAAUAUAUAAACUUGAUAUUCUUCUUAAUGCCUCAUUUAUAAUUGAUUUCGAGAUGUUGAGGUACGUCCUGCAAGCUGCAUCGUAGUUUUGACAUCCACUCCACGGUCCAAAACUGAUCUGACUGUCUCCUCUAAAUUAUCAUCACUUUCAAUCAUUUUGACAUAAUUUUGAUUUAAAUAAAGAAAGAAGGGAAACAAUA